CUACGGAUAGAGGUAUCGGCAACACCUCAUUAUUACCAACUCACCUUGGUUCUGUAAUAUUCUAGACCCUCUUUAACAAAGUCACCUUUGGCUUCUUCCAUCAAAUUUCACUCUUGAUCCAUGAAUCUCUCCAUUCUGCUGCGGUGACCUCCCAAUGGCCGCGUCCAUCCGAUCCAGUCUAAGCCGUUCCGGCCGGACCUCUGUUGCCUCUAUUCGCAGUCUCUCCAAUGCUCGCCCGGCAAAGGCACAGGUUCAGCCCGUCACUGUUAGAGAACCUAAAUCUUCCCUGCAGCCUACCGAUGCCACUCUUCUCGAGGACUACUUAAGGCGAGGCGCACUGUCGAGAACAUAUUUCGAUGCGACAGGCGUGCGAUGGGUCGGAUCUGGCGAUGACGGACCAAAGGACCCCAAUAAGGCAAAGCUAGGAAAAACUCUACGAGUUUUACAAGAACGAUUACCAACGCUUUUACUACAUCCUCUUCCUCACGACAUUCUUGCGCCAAACAUCGCCCUCCAUCUUUUCCCUUCGACGCACCCUCACCUACCAACCGUCUCCGGCCGUGUCGCCUAUAACGCCGCCCUCUGGACCUCCCCAAUAGCAUGGAACCGCGUCCCCAUUCUCGGGAAUGUCUGUAUCGAGGUUCUCGCGGAGCGCAUGACAACGGAGCCCCUCACAUUCUUACCCCGCCGUGCUGGGGCGAUACCUGAGCAGCUCGUGGUCCGCUGGUGCGAGAAGCGAAAGGGUUCAGAUAGUUCUUCUGACAAAGGAGUGAUUGCCCGGUCUCUGCCAUUUGGCCGGGGAGUCGACCCAGACAAGGCAUUCACGGGACUGUUUGUCUUCGACUUCGAUGCCGAGGGUCGGAUUCUAAGCCAUACCAUUGAGCAGGCACAAGCUGGUGGCGAUUGGGAAGCUGGAGUCGGUGCAAAGGUUGUUGGUCUGACUGACUGGCUCCUCGGAGGUUGCAAGAACCCCGGCACUCCUAUACCAAUGUUCGAGCGAGUGCGAAGACGACGAUCCAUCUAAAGACUCACAGUUGGGAUGGACAGUGAUGAUAUGAUCCCAAGGGGCGUGUUCGCUUAGAAAACGAGAGCGGUUUACGGAAGGAUAUGGCAUCAUGAGAGGCGUUUCUGGUUGCAUCUUUCAUCGCCAGCGACUUCAUGCUGGUUCGGGUCCCGGGGUCUUUGUGUAUAAGACAGUGUACAACAAUGAGCCAUGAGACUCCACACACAUUCAAACUUUGUAUAGCUUUGUAAAUUAGCAACUAAAACUCAUUUUUAGACGGUACUAUGCCUCCAAACAAUUCUUGUCACAGUCGUCUCUUGCUCAUAGUUAGGACUUUAAAUUCGACCAGAAUUUCAGUUGUGCAAUUGAUGCAAUUUUACGAA